CUGUCCUAGGUGCUGAACUGAAGGGACGCUCAUCCCGUUUCAGUACCAGCAGCCAUGGCCGAAAUAAAGACGGGGAUUUUCGCCAAAAACGUCCAGAAACGGCUAAGUAGGGCGCAGGAAAAGGUACUGCAGAAGCUGGGAAAGGCGGAUGAGACGAAAGAUGACCAUUUUGAUCAAGCCGUCCAGAACUUCAAGCGACAGGAGACGGAGGGCUCCCGGCUGCAGAGGGAAAUGAAGGCAUACCUGGCGGCUGUGAAAGCAAUGCAACAGGCUUCCAUGAACCUGACAGAGUCCCUACAUGAAGUCUACGAGCCGGACUGGCAUGGGAAGGAUGAUGUCUUGAGCAUCGGGAAGAACUGUGAUGUCUUAUGGGAGGACUUCCAUCAGAAGCUGGUUGAUUCAUCACUUAUCACACUGGACACGUACCUGCAACAGUUCCCCGACCUCAAGAUCCGUGUGGCGAAAAGAAGCAGAAAGCUAAUUGACUACGACAGUGCACGGCACCAUCUCGAGACCAUUCAGGCAGUGGUCAAUAGAAGUGAUCGGAAGGUCUCCAAGGCAGAGGAUGAGUUGAAAAAAGCCCAGAAGGUGUUUGAUGAGCUCAAUGUUGAUCUACAGGACGAGCUACCAACUCUCUGGGACAGCCGAGUCGGAUUCUACGUGAACACAUUCAAGAACGUGACGAACCUGGAGGCCAAAUUCCAUCGGGAAAUCUCUGUGCUCUGUAAGCAGCUGUAUGAAGUGAUGACCAAGCUGGGAGAGCAACACUCUGACAAAAUGUUCACCAUACAAGGAGCGCCCAGUGAUUCAGGACCUUUGAGACUCUCUCGGGCCCCCUCGCCACCGGACAGCGACAGCGACGAGAGCCCAGCGGCCACUCCUAACCACAUGCUGGCACCUGCCUCUCCCGGCCCGCCCCGGCCCAAAUCUCCUUCAGGCCAGUUCAAAAAGGGACCGCCGGUGCCCCCGCCACCCAAGACCCCGACCAAGGAUCUGCACCAGGAGCAGAUAAUCGACCUGUUUGGGGGCCAGUUCUUACCUGCGGCUACGCCCUCGCAGCCAAAUGAAAGACCCGGAGAAUCUCUCCUGGAUCUGGACUUUGAUCCAUUCAAGCCUGACGGCAACACCACUAUUGGACAGGCUGCGCCCCCCAUAACACAGCAGCUACCCUGGGAUUUGUGGACAGGAAAUGCUGAACCUGUGCAGCCUACGGAUUCUGAGUCUGUGAGUACUGUGGGUGUGGAGGAGGAUGGGGGUGGCGGUGGCGAGGCCCCGAACGCUGCCAACUUUAACCCUGGGUUCCCCGCAUUCCCCGAGCAGGCGGGAGACCCCAGCUUCUCCACCGACUGGGCUGCUGACUUCAGCUCGGCCCCGGGGAAAGGAGACUCUUUCCCGUCUGCCACCGAGGCGGCAGCCGGCGAGGUUCCAGCGACGACAGGGCAGGACGAGGCCCAAGGCUGGCCUGCAGCGGACGGCUGGGGCGGGGAGGCAGGGGAGGCAACAGCAGCAGAGCAGCCGCAGGGGGCCGAAACGGCCGCAGCUGGAGACGAGGUGACCAACAAUGCAUUUAACGGAUUUCCCCAGAUGGAAGCAACUGCCCCAACAUUUGUUGCUGAUUUUGAUAAGCUGAUUGAAAGCAAGGCCGUGGCCCCUGAAGCUGCAGUGCCCCCAGCUGAGACUGCUGUGGCCCCGGAGGCCCCAGCUGAGACUGCUGUGGCCCCGGAGGCCCCAGCUGAGACUGCUGUUGCCCCAGAGGCCCCAGCUGAGACUGCUGUGGCCCCGGAGACCCUUGGGGCUGAGACCUCAGAGGCCACAGAGGCAGCGGCCGAGGCAGGGGAGAUCCAGGAGCCUGCUCUCCCUACUGGUGAGGCUGAGGCAGCCGAGAGUGCCACCAGCCCUGGAGAGGAGAAGCCUGCUUCCACUGUGGGGUCUCCAGUGACCUCUGCAGAGCCUGAGGAGGCUGCACCAACUGAGAUCCUCCCUGUUGAAGAGGCUGAAAAAGCAUCCCCCAGCGAAGCAGCUCCCCCGGAAUCCGUUCCGACCCCGGAGGAAAUGGAGUCCCCUGUGGAGGAGACUCCGGCACCUGUGGAUGCUAAAGGGUCUCCUCAGGAAGACACUCCGGAGAAGAUGCCUAUUCCCUCAGUGGUGAUUGAGCCAGCCUCCAGCAACGAAGGUGACGAUGACCGCGACAUCAUUGACAUCAUUUCCCCAACGACCAUCAGCGACAACGGAGUGACACCGGACAGUCAGACGGCCAACGACAUCACCGCCUCUGACGGCCCACCAGGACUCCCUCCUGGCUUCCUUUACAAGGUGGAGACCCUGCAUGACUUUGAAGCUGCAAACUCAGAUGAGCUGGAGCUGAAGAAAGGUGACGUGGUUCUGGUUGUUCCCACGGCUACAGCAGAAGAUCAGGAUGCAGGUUGGCUUACAGGAAUCAAGGAAAGUGAAUGGUCGCACCUUGGGGCCAGUGCCCACAAAGGACUCUUCCCAGAAAACUUCACACAACGCUUGGAGUAACCAUCUGAGCCUGGAGAAAAGAGUUGUGGGGGGAGGUGAAGGGGCCUGUGAUCUCCAGACAAUGUCUAGCCGAUCGUCUGCUGACCCGUCUGUGACCAGACAGACCAAGGCCCUCACUAAUAGAGGAAACAACACAAACCAAGUGUGGAUAAACACUAGUACCUACUCGAAGCAUAACGAAAAAUAACAUGAGCAUGAUGCGAUAGUAUGGUCUAACCUUUUUUUGUUUGUUAACCUUUAAGCAGCGGCGAAUUGAUGUGUGCUUUGUUGGAAGUGUGGUGACCUCCACAUGUAAAUCCCUUGACCUCCACAUGUAAAUCCAUAUCUGUUUGAAGGAUAAACUAAAAUGAGAAAUUCCUCCUGAAGAAAAAAAAAAAGUUACCUUAUCUUCUCUGCACCAAGUGUAUUGUAUUGAUUUUGUUGCUCUGCAGCGGAAUUUAUCGGAAUCUGUAGUGCUAUGAUCUAUCUAACCGUUCUUAAGUGUUACUUUAAGUGUUUUCUUUCUGACAUUUCAGCCAUAAAUGUUAUCUUGCAUCAUUGUUAGUGUUCUCUUGUAGUGUCAUGGCUGUAUGUGUGUGGCUAUGGUGAUGAUUUUUUUGGCGUACUCUGUGUUGACAUUGUUCAUUGACAAGACAUGCUGUGCUCUUGCCGAAACAUAAUGGACAUUGAAAUUCUGAGCAUCGGAUGGGACGUCCGAUGAGUUUCCAGCAUGAAAAAUUAUGUUAGUGAUGAAGCUGAGAUCCAGGAACUGGCAGAUGCAGCUUUCUCAAAGUAAAAUAAAAAAAAUAACACUAGCUCCCUAACAUAAAACGUUAAUGUGUAUAUCCUUAUACCUUAUAUCUGCAUAUAUACAAGAAACCAAGUCAACCAGUGGAAAGACAUAUGAAGUUAUUUAUCUGUGAAUGAAAUGUUAUGAUAAAUUGUAUUUAUUUAACUUUAUAUUUUUUAAGUCUAAGAUCACUGGGAAGGUGCUGGGAGAGAAAUCAGAUAUGCAAUCUAUGUAAUUGGUUUAAAUAGGGUCACAAUAGUCCAACUGUUAAGUAUAGCAAUGAAUAUGACGUCACUCCUGUGUUCGUACAGUUAGCCCUCACUGUAGAACCUUUUUUUGUGAUAUACAUAUCUGUGAUUAUUUAUCUAAAGGUGAAUAAAGAAUAGUUCAUAUGCUA